GGAGUCCCUGCAUCAGCAGCACUGCAGUCAGGCAGUCGCGACACUGCGGUAAUGUGAAACCUUCAGCAUGGACUCACAGCUUCACACGUCAGUACGGAUGCAUGUGUCUUCAUCCGUCACAGGCGGCUUGUUGUGGUGCUGUUGCUGAGCACACUGUGUGCAUGUACAGAUGCGCUCACUGCAGCACAGACUGCCUUCACGCUGACACACCGCAGCAUCACAGACACACGGAUACACACAGAUCUCCUCCUUCAGCUCCGGUCCUGAUCCGCCUUCCUCCGGUUCCUGUCCAUCCGUCUGCUCCGGGCUGCUCCAUGCAGGGGAGCGGCUGAUCCAUGGGCCGCUCUCCGGUGAGCCUGUCCAGACUGAAGCUGGGGAAGCUAAAGGUGGUGCGGCGGCAGCUGCUGCAGCGCUAUGAGCACCAGCCGUUUGUCUCCUGUCUGGCCGGCCUGUACGGCUGCCAGUGGAGACGCUACCAGCGCGCAAAAGCCCAGCCGGGGGAAUGCUGCUGUAGUCGGUUGGAGUGCAGCAGUUUUGCUCUUCUCAUCGUAACGUUUGUCCUGACCCUGAUAUUCCUGUACUUCUGGAGUGAGGCGCAGAAUGACUACAACGACUUUGACUGGUUUAACUUUGGGAACCUGGGCUUCUGGUUCCCGUGGUCGGUGGUGUUGUUAGUGGUCGCUGCGGCUCUCUUCACCUACAUCGCCCUCCUGCUGGUCCUGGCGGUGUGUCUUCUCUCUGAAGGACAGAGGCUUUACCUCCACUGGAGCCACAAGAUUGGCAUCCUGGUGACUCUCACCUUCUCGAUCAGUGCCACAGCUGUGCUCUCCGACUUAUGGAGCAAAGAAUGGACGACGCUGCUCCUUUCUUUUCAGGUCACAGCGCCCUUUCUUCACGUGGGCGGAGUUUCACUAAUGACACUUCUGUCCUGGCCAAUAGCCUUACACUUCUUUCGCAUGAACAAGAGAGUGAGGCAGGUGGCUCUCCUCGGCUUGUUCCUGGCGGUUCUCUUCGCUCUGUAUCUGGUGCCGUUGGGCAUGUAUUCGCCCUGCAUCAAAGAGGAGGGCACACUGGGGCCGGCGCCCACCCUCAUCGGGCACAGAGGAGCGCCCAUGCUUGCGCCAGAAAAUACCCAGAUGUCCUUUGAGAAGGCUGUUGAAGCGGGAGGAGAAGGACUGGAGACGGACGUCACAAUCAGUUAUGACGGCAUCCCGUUCCUGAUGCAUGACAGCACUUUGAGGAGGACGACCAACGUUCACGAGGUGUUUCCCAACCGGACGGACACACUGGCAGCCAUGUUUACCUGGGCAGAGCUGGAGAUGCUCAGCGCUGGAUCCUGGUUUCUUCAGAGGGAUCCUUUCGGCACGGCCUCUUCUCUUGAUGAAGACGAGAAGGUUCAGAUCCAGAACCAGACAAUUCCCACCCUCAAGGAGUUCCUGAAUCUGGCCGCCCAGCACGAGAAGAUGGUGAUCUUUGACCUCAGACGUCCACCGCGAGAACAUCCGUACAGAGACACGUGGAUAUCACGCACCCUGGAGGUCAUACACAACGAGUCCUCCAUCAACUCCAGCCAGGUGUUGUGGCUGCCGGCCGAUCAGAGGAGUCUGGUGCAGGAGAUGGACCCGAAGCUACAGCAGACGUCUGGAGAUCACGCCUCCAUAGAGGAGCUGCAGGACAAACACAUCGUCCGACUCAACCUCCAUUACAGCUACAUGUCACAGGAGCAGAUCAGAAAGUACGCCUCCGUGAACAUCAGCACUAACCUGUAUGUGAUCAGUCAGCCGUGGUUAUAUUCUCUGGCGUGGUGCGCAGGAGUUCAUUCGGUCACUACGAACGCCCUACACGUCCUCAAGAAACUACAGCGCCCCCUGUUCCUCAUGACUCCAGAUGAAUACAGUCUGAUGUGGAUCCUUACAGACAUCAUCUCUGCUUUCAUCAUCACAGCUAUUUUCAUCUUCCACUGGUGGCGUGAGCGAGGUUUGCCGUUCUGGUCGGGCAGUAGACAGGUGAACGAGAACGGACCGUACAGCAAGUUCAGGACUGAAGCGUCUGAGGUGCACGGCAUCCGCUGGAACCCUCUGUUUUUUGACGGGCUGUCACUGCCCCGGGACCCCGAGUUCCCUCUGCAUGUUCCCCCUGUGCAUGGCUACCCCGUCCCCAUCUGACCCUCCGUCACUCUCAUUGCGAGCCGCUCUCACCUCUCUUCCUCUCCUUCACGCUCCGUCCGGCAGAGCUGAGCGACGUCUGGUCCAUCUCCAGCAUCAGCGUCCGUGGAGAGGCUCAGAGCUCGCCCAUCACACCCAACCUGCCCACCAUCACAGAGGAGCCGCCCGUCUGAAAUGCGCAAAAUGGAGAUCUGUGAGAGAAGAGUAAAGACUGCGGAGCUGCAGCAUCACACGUCCAUUCGCAUUCAAGCUUCAAACCAAUGCAGACAUGAAGCUUUAAAGCAACUGUGAAAGAUUUAAAGACGGUUUUCAUAGGCUAGUCUUGACUAGGGCCAAGCUUGGAGACAAAAGUACGGGACAUUGAUAUUAAAUUACCAUCCAUUAUUUGCCAAACAAGUAAUAUGAAGACAUAGGAAAUGAAUAAAUUAGUAAAAGAUAUAUAUAUAAUAUUUUUAUAUAUUUAAAAUAUAUAUAGAAAAAAUUAUUUUGGAUCUGAGGAAGAGCAUAUGUCUGUUGAAUGGUGAAAAAUAUCUAAAAAUCUAUAUUUAUUUUAUUUAUAAAUAUAUUAUUAAAAAUGACAGUAGAAGUAAUAAAAAGUAAACAAAGUCAACGAAAUAAUAUUUUAUGAUUUAUAUUUAGUGGUUUUUUUUUUUGCAAAAUUUUCAUUUUUUUUUAUAUAUAUAUAUAUAUAUAUAUAUAUAUAUAUCCAUAUAUAUAUAUAAUAUUAGAAUAUAUAGAAAAAUUAAUUUUGGAUCUGAGGAAGAACAUAUGUCUGUUGAAUGGUCUGUUGAAAUCCCUAAAAUUAAAAAUUACAAUUGAAGUAAUAAAAUGUAAAUAAAAUUGAAGAAAUAAAAUAUUUUAUAUUUCAUUAUUAGCACAUCCCCCCGCCACCUACCCCCAUAUAUUAUAUAUAUAUAAUGAAAAAUUACAAUAGGAGUAAUAAAAAGUAAAUACAAUCUAACAAAUUAAAGUAUUUAAUAAUUUGUUAUUAGCACAUCUUCCCCCAAAUUUUCAGUUAAUCAUCCAUAUAUAUAUUUUAUAAUUUAUAGAUCCAAAAUAAUUCAUAUAUAUAUUAAUAAUUUUGGAUCUGAGGAAGAGCGUAUGUCUGUUGAAUGGUGAAAAAUAUGUAAACAAUUAUACAUCUAAAUUCCUAAAAUAAAAUUUACAAUAGAAAUUCACAACAGAAUUAAUAAAAAGUUAAAUCAAAGAAAUACAAAUAUUUUAUAAUUUAAAAUUGGCACAUUUUCCCCCAAUUUUUCAUUAAUGUAUACAUUAAAAUAUAUAUGAAUUAUGUUUAAUAUAAUUAUAUAUAUAUAUAUAUAUUAAAUACAGUUUUUACAUUUAAUGAAAUUUUGUAAUAAAAAAUGUACUCAAAGCAUUAAACUGAUAUCAAAUAAAAUAUUAGGUAACACUUUACUAUAAGUUUCCAUUUUAAUGCAUUAAGUAACAUUAACAAUGAGCAAUUGUUAUUAAUCAUCAAAGCUGUUCAUUAUAAGUUUAUGUCAGCACAUUAAAUGACAGUAAUACAGACAACUUUUGAUUUGAAAACAUUUGGAAUCAACAUUAAAAAUAAUAAAAUCUUUAGAAGUAUUUUUCAUUGUUAGUUUAAUUAAUGUUAAUGUAAAGUGUUACCAAAUAUCAUAAUAAUAUGAAUAUAUAUUAAUAAUAAUAAAUAUAUCACUUCCUAUUCUAGGGUGAAAUACUUUUUAUACUAUGCCAGUACCAUGAAAUUCAUGUACCGUGGUAUUUACAUGGUACUCAGAGGUAAUUCAUAGAGAACAUGUUAUGUUAGUGAUAUUUUGUUAAAAAUAUCAAAUAUAUAUUUGACCACUUAUUUUCUGAAUUGGUGGCAUAAGAUGACUCCAUCAUCCAGUUUCUGUUGCUUCUGUGAAGUUCGUUGUUAUAAUUAUUAAAGACUGAACUGACCCUGAUUACCGCAGUAUGACGCAUGGGAAAUGAACUAUGUCAUUGCAUUUACUCCAGAGUGUUUUGGAAGUAUUUAAGAUGUCAGCUCCAUUGCAUGAUGUGAUCAAAUCGACAAACAUUUACAAUCAGGAAGACGAUAACAAGCCAAACUGACAAUCUGGAUUUUAAAGAUUUACAUUUGCUAACGUGAACAUUUUGGAAAUGCAAAAGUGCUCGAUUUAAUCAAGGUUUCUAAUGUGAUGAGCUUAAAGGUCUUCAUUUGCAAGCGAGCAAACGCUCUUCCUCGUCAUUAGCAGCGUUUGCAUGUUCAACACUGGUCACGCUCUGGCUUGCAUACGUGUUUUUUGUUCCAGUUGGCUGCUGAAACAUUCCUGCCUGUAUAAAAUGCAAUGCCUAGCGUGAUUUCUAUGGCUUAAUCUGUCUCGAUGUAACUUAUGUCUGUAAAUAUGAUUGUAAACUGAUCUUAAAUGAAGUUUUUUCGUCUUUUUUGUUACUCUAUCAUCAGCUCUAAUAGCCUAAAUAAAAAUAUUUUUAGCAGACUCAA